AUGAAUACUAACGCGAAAGAGACUGCUGAGAGUCUUCGUGCAGCUGCUAAGAAACUAGAUGACGUGUGGAGGGACUGCAAGACAGCACAUGCGGUUGGAACCAGCGUUGGAAUAGUGGGAGGGAUUCUCUCAAUCGGUGGAGGAAUUGCAGCGAUACUGACAGCUGGGGUUGCUACUCCUUUGUCCAUAGCAGGAUUGUGUGUUGGGGGCGCUGGAGCCACUACAAACCUUGGGACAGCCAUCGUUGAAGGUCUGAUAAAUUCUGCUGAAAUAAAAAAGGCCGAGAAACACUUAGAUGAGACCAUAGAGAGUGUAAAUGAGGUAAACAGGAUCGUCCAGACAGUUUUGAUAGCGAAAGAAAGAGUAAGGCUUAUCUAUAUUUAUUACCUUGCCAAAUCCCUCAAAUUGGGAAGCCCUGUGGUCAUGAUGAUCCUUCGUGAGCUUGUGUUUUUCUCCUCGGGAACACCUACUAAAAUGGCAGUCCAAGUAGCACAAAAGGUAAUGGCCUGUGCACAGGCAGCGAGUCAAGCCGGUGCAAAAGCUGCAACCCAAAGCGGUGCACAAGGGGCAGGAAAGGCGGCUGCGCAAUCUGUUGACGAUGUGGUACAAGCAACUCGUCAGGCUGGAGCACAAGCGGCUGAUGACGUAGUCCAAGCAAGGGCUAGAGCUGGCUCUGAGGCGGUCGGUGAAGUUGUCGGUAAAGUUGUCAUCGUGGUCAAUGUUGCAUUUGUGGUUUGGGAUGCCAUAGACCUGGGCUUUACAAUCAGGGAUCUCAUUGAAAACAAGGGAUCUGAAGCUGCAACAUUUCUGAGACAAAAGGGAGACGACCUCGAGAAUGCCUUGAAGGAGUAA